UUGGAACUUUGUGCUGUGCGCGUUUCUUGACAUUAGAGUAUAAUCGACCAAUCUACAAAAAAUUUGGUUUGUUUUUGCGCCUCCUUCCUUCCUCGUAUCUCAUGACCAUGACAGUCACCUGAUAAUCGGAUGGAAUGGAUAAUGUACCAUGUUGCUAUUGUACCUAUGAAGUGCCUUUCCGGGGAGUUUCUUCAGAGCAUCCGACGGGUCACUUGCUAACUGCUGUUAGAAAUUCUGGGGAGAAGCAAUUGUUUGGGAAACCUCUGGAUAAAAUUUUUCGUUUUGGGUGUUUUGAAGUUGCACACAACAAAUUAACAUUAUAUGGAAUUUUGGGUUUAUCAAAUUGGGAAGUAUUAUUUGUGCCAUGUAUUAAUCUUGGACAAAUAAGUAAGGAGAACAUUAAUGCCACUCGUCAAUUAUUAUCUCAAACACUUCAUCGUACAGAACCAUAUUUUUAUCAUUCAUGGAUUUCUAAUCGUCCUGGUUCUAUUGGUUUAGGUAAAAUUGAUUAUUUAAUUAUACAAGAUCGACAUGAUCAUUUAUAUAAAUUUGAUCCAAUUAAUAAUGUAUGGUUACAUUCCAUAAAUGGUAAUGGUAUCAAAUUUAAAAAAUAUUGGUUAAAUACUACUGAUAAUACUACUACCAGUACUACGACUACGACUACUACUCAUCAUCAUCAUAAUAAUAAUAAUAAAUUACCUCAUACACCAACACGUUUAUUAAUAUUAACAACAGAUUUUGAAGUAUAUAGUUUUCAAUUAUGUUAUAAUCAAUUAAAAUUAUCAACAAUAUCUAUCAUAACAACAAAAGAAUUAAAUAAAUUACGUAAAAAUAUUAAAAAUAAUAUAAAUUUAUUUAUUAAUUUAUUAACUAAAAGAAUAUCAUAUAUACGUAAAUCAACUGGAUAUUUAUUAGCUAAUGAAUAUGCAAUUCAUAAUAAUAAUAAUGAUACGGAAACAUUAAUUGUCCAACAAGAUACAACUGAUGAUAAUAUACAUAAAAGAUCUAAUGUAAAUACCUAUGAAACUAAUUGGAAUGAUAAUAAACAUGAUUUUUCAGUCAAGUGUACUCCAGUUAAUUCACUGGCAAGAUUAAAAACAACUUGGUAUCAUCGUUUAAAAGGAAAUUAUAUAAUAAUUGAUAAUACAGAUUUUGCUUAUUGUCGUACAUUACCAUUGGAAAUACCAACACUUGCAUUUAAAAUGUCUGUAAUUAUAUUUCGCGAUUACUUUGAAGGACACCGAUUUCCAAUUUUAUCAUUUUAUUAUACAAAUUCAUUAGUUCAUAAUAAAAAUUCUUAUUUAUAUAAAUAUUAUCCACCUUAUUCCUUGACUACUACUUCCCCAGUUUCAAUGUCAUUAGUAGAUCGAUUCGGUGUAUGGAUAUUAAGAUCUGGUAAUUUGUUAACAGAUAUUAAUAUGAAUCAACUGAUUGAUUGUCAUGAUCAUUUAUCAACAACAACAACAACAUCAAAUCAACAAAAGAAAUUAUAUUUAAAACAUAUUAAAUUAUCAUUUAGUGAUCAUUUAAAUGAAUUAUUUAAAGAUAAAAAUAUUGUCAAAUCAACUGAAUCAACUUUACAAGAAUUUUAUAUUCCAUUAUAUGAAGAUUAUUCUAAUGAUUGGUGUACUACUACUACUACUACUACUACUACUACUACUACUACUACUACUACUACUACUACUACUACUACUACUACUACUACUACUACUACUCAUGAUUGUACAUUCAUGACAACAUCAGAUCAUCCAACCAAUAAUGAUAAUGCGAAUAUGGCAAACUCUCUAGAACAGAACAAUUUUAUACCAUCUUCAUUUAUAACCGAAUUAUAUGAAUUGAAUCAACAUUAUGAUAAUUGGUUAAUACCUAAACAUAAUCAUAUUAAACAAUCUUGGUUACAAUUAAAAAAUCUUAUACAAUUACCACAAAUUCAUACACCAAAUGUAGAGAUUUUCAAUGAAUUUACAAAUACUACUAAUUAUAAUAAUAAUAAUAAUGGCAUGAAUGAUACUACUGAUUAUGAUUCUUCAGUAGUUGGUGACUAUCAUUCAUUGAAUAAUGUUGCACCUACUAUUACUACUACUACUUCUACUAUCAAUAAUAAUCAUAAUAAUAGUAGUAAUGAUAAUCUAAUGUUUAUGAAUUGGGAUACUUUAUCAACUGAUUCAUUAAGUAGUGAACGUGAAAAAAAAUAUUCUGAUAUUUUAUUUAGAUCAAAAUCAAAACAAAUGGAUCAUUUAAUUAUUGGUAAACGUUUAUCUACAAGAUCUGAUUGGCAUAAAUUCAGCUAUUCUAAUUUACUUAAAACGGAUGAUAAUAAUAAUAAACAUAACAAUGUCAUUAAUAAUAAUAAUAAUCAUACGAAUAAUAAAAGUAACAGUACUAAUAAUCUACGUAAUAGUAUAGGUCAAUCAUUUGGUAAAAGUUAUUCACAUUUUUAUUUAUUAAAUAAAAAGAAAUUAGAUCAUUUCGCAUUUCAAUGUAGUCCGCAUCGAUCUGAUUGGUAUGAUUAUUUAUUAUCAACAAAUUGGUUAAAUUUAUUAUUAUUUACAUUAAAACAAGCAACACAAUUAAGUCAAUUAAUUUAUCAAUAUUCAAUAAAACCAGUAAAUGGUUAUAAUGGAACAAUUAUUUUAUUAAGUGGACCAGAUAGUGGUCGAAAUUGGCAACCAAUUUUAAUGAGUCUUGUACAGAUAAUGUUAUCUGCAGAGAACAGAACAAUUCUUGGAUUUGAAGAUUUAAUUGAACAAGAAUGGAUUCGUUAUGGUUAUCCAUUUGCCCCUGAUCCAACUGAUUGGCAUGAUGAUUCAGUUAGUUGUGAUUAUGAUGACGGUGCAUGUUUCGCAUUAUUCAUCGACUGUGUUCAUCAAUUAUUGAUCCAAUUUCCUACAGAAUUUGCAUUUACAGAGGAUUAUCUGGUCUUAUUAUUAGAUAGUGCAUUAAGUCGAGGUGGUGGAACUCCACCAUUCACUAUAGAAUUCUCAUGUUCAUGUGAAGCAACAAGGCAUGUUAAAACAAAAUCAAUGACACAAGAACAAAUUAUUGAAAAAUCAAAUUAUUUUUAUAAUAUAAGAGCAUGGCGUUCAUUUCAUAAUUGGAAGGAUAUUUUAACUGAUCAUGGUUAUCAAUUACUAUUUAAUUGGUUAUAUUUUUGGCAAUAUAAUUCAGAUCCUGUAAAUAAUAAAUCAGAUUAUACUAAACUUAUACAUACUAUAAAUAAAUCUACACAAAUAAUUACACCAAUUUUAUCACCAUUAUAUUAUCCACGUUUUUGGAUUCAUGCAUGGUAUCGUUGGAAUCGUUCAACUCGUUUAACUAAUGGUGGUGGUUAUGCAUUCAAUGCUGCUUAUUAUAGAAAUUUAUUAGGAUCAACUAGAAAUAAUAAUAAUGAACAGAAUUCAUUAAUUAUACCACGUACAAAUACAACUCCUUAUACUGGUUGGUUAUCAGAUGAAUCAAUUAAAAAUGCAUUAAAUCAAUUAGUUUAUUCAAUAUCAUUUGAUUAUUUUUAUAAAAAUUUAUAUAAAAUAGCAAAUUUAUGGGAUAAUGAAUAUUGUGAUACAACUUAAUUAAUAAAUAUUAUUGAAAUAAUAAAAUAAUAUACAAUACUUCCCCCCCCCCAAAAAAAAAUUUUUCUUUUUUUUAAUUAUUGAAAGGAUCUAUCAACUAUGUAUGAAUAAUCUCAUACCAUUUUUUGUUUGUUUGUUUGUUUCUUUCUUUUUUUAUUUAUUCUCAAAUGAUCAAUAGAAAAAUUGUUUGCCUUUUAUUUUACUUCUUCUUUUUUCUUUUCUUUUUUUUGUUGAAAAGAAAAAAAGAAGAAAAAAACACACCCACCCAAGUAAUCUCACAAGUUUUGAU